AUGUCUGAAAUAGCUCGAUUAGCUCUGCUCGACACGGACUUAUUACACAUAAUUUUUGACAAUUUUAAGAGGCAAGAUGAUAUGUUUAUUUCUUUACUGGUUCAUCCUGUGUGGACUCAGAUCCUGAUAAGAAAACUAUGGAAGGAACCCGUGUGGAAAUCUCCAAGUUCAUAUCAGAAAUUUUUGAAAACCCUACGAUCCUCAUCUCCUUUCUUUCCUUAUGCCGAGAUGGUUCGUCAUCUAAAUUUUGUCCCGCUCCCGUACCGUCCUCACCCGUUAUUCACUCAAAAAGACAUUCGAUUCAUCGCCGACAGAUGUAAAUGCCUGACAAAACUUCGUGUCGGUUGGAUGAUGGAUCCCUUCGAUUCAUAUACGUUCUGCAAGUUUCUUGUUAAUUCUCCAAAUCUGGCUUCCAUAUCUUGCCCAGAUUGUACCAUGGAAUGGCUCGCGAAGGCGUUAGGUCCCGCGAUGAGUGGACAUUGUAAAAAUCUGAGGCACCUCGAAGUGAAAAAUUGGGUUCAUGAAUCAAGUGAAACUUGUGCUCUGUUAGAAAGAGUGGCCGGAAAUUGUGGUGGAAUUAUAUCGCUGUACGCUCAUCUUCUUGUCACCGAGGAGAUCGCCUUGAUGCUAGUCAAGUCAUUUCCCAAUCUCAAGUAUUUCAGGUGUCACUCUGUAACGAGUUCUGGAUUGGUCAUACUGAUAAGAGGAUUUCAAAAGCUAAAAGGUUUGCGUCUAACACUUGACAAAGAUAUUCAAGAUCAAAAAAAUGAUACCGAGCUGGUGGAAAUCGGAAAAAAGUUUCCCCUGUUGGACUCCUUCCAGCUUUCCAUUGGAAAUGAUAAAUUUCCCCCAUUUGCCUUAACCUGGAUUCAAAAUCAACAUCACCUUCAGCAUCUAGAAUUGUCAUUAUGUGAUGGUUUGACCGACGACUCAUUCAUAUUCAUAGUCAAACAUUGUAGUAACUUGGAAUCAAUUCAACUCAAGUGGUGCAGUCGCCUGACUGUUCUUUCUUACAAGGCGUUGGCGCAAUAUCGAAACACGAGGUUGCGGCAACUUCGCGUACUCCGAUCUGGACUGAAUGACAUCGGUUUGGCAAAAAUAGCAAGACACUGUUCAAGAUUAUCAAAAUUGAACAUAGAUCAAUGCCCGGAAGUCACUAGGGAGUCGUUGAUGAUGAUCGUAAAGAACUGCAGGGAACUUGUAAAAUUAACGGGAGGCCUUUCUCGGCAAACUCUCGCAUCGUUAGGACGUUCCUUGAGUUCUCACGGGCCCGGGAAUUUGCAGGUCUUGAAAUUGAGGGAUCCAUUAUAUAGAGGUUCGGAAAAAAACAUUACAUCCAACAGCAAUUUUGAUAAUUUUGAUGGAAAAUUGUUAGGCCAAUUGGCAUGCAAUUAUCCCCAACUGAGGAAAUUGGUGAUCAGAUGUACGAUUACCGAAUUGCUUCCAGAUAAACUCGUUCAGAUAAUACUUUCCCUGCGAAAUCUUGAAGAGCUUUUUAUCACUCCCUGUGAACCGCUAGAUGUCGAACACAUAAUGAAACUGGAGCUACAUCCAAAGUUGAAAGAGAUCAUGUUACUAGGAGGGUGUAGCGGUGAUGCCGAAAGGUACAUCGAGCAACAUCGGAACGGUUUGAAAAUGUUUAUCAAGGUCAUUAAGCAUGAUUAUAAGAUGUAUACUAUAAAAUGA